CUCGGUCCACAUCAUGGAAGAAACCAAUGCUACGACGUCCAGCAGGAAGUUUGAUACCGGAGUGUAUCAUUGAAGGUCACUCCAGAUGUAUAUGGAAUCUUGUCUGCGUGGGCACCAGUUGCAACAGUUACAAUAUACUGAGUGCGUCGGACGAUUGUUCGAUUCGCCAGUGGAAAAGAGACGGAGAGCCGGUAGGAAAGCCUUUGGAUAGCCACGGGAUAGGCCCAAUGGCAGUAUCGCCGGAUGAAACAAUAGUCUAUGAUUGGCGAUCCAUGGGAGGGGCAUAAUGGUCAAGUAAGGUGCCUCGAUUGGUGUCCCAAUGCCCUGGAGGUAGCAAGUGGAUCGGCUGAUGGCACUAUACGACGCUGGAACCCGAAUACUGGGCGACAAAUAGCACCACCAAUAAAGACCGGUCAUGGCUGGGUGAAUGCUGUCCAAUACUCUCCACAAGGCGACACAUUCACGAGCGGUGGGGAGGACGAGGUGAUCAGUGUGUGGUCAAAGGGUGGGCAGUUGCUCAUCAAGAUCAAAGGGCAUGAGUCCCAGGUGACGUCGUUGCGUUGGUCCAAGGACGGUGCAUACAUCUUCUCCGCAUCAUUCGAUUGCACCAUUCGCAAAUGGCGGUCGAUUGAUGGAGAGGAACUGGUCGUUCUUCGGGGUCAUGCCAACCCUGUCGAAUCUCUCUAUCUGUCCCCUACUGAAAGCCAUCUUGUUAGCACGGCAAGGGACUACUCCGUUCGCAUCUGGGAUCUUAAGACGAAUCAGCAAGUCGGAGACCCACUCUUGCAUGACGACGAAGUCUUGACUGUUGUCAUGUCCCCCGAUGGAAAAUACAUUGCCAGUGCUGGAUUAGACGCAAAGGUCUAUGUAUGGAGCGUGGAGGCAGCGCUCAAACAGCAGGGUGGUACGGAUAAUGCUAAUACAAAGGCCAACGCGAAGUUCAAGAGACGUCCAAUCCGACCAAGAGAUGACUUUGCCUUCCGCCCAAUCGUCUCCAAACAGUACGCGAACAACAGAGGCGUUGGGAGAUAUGGCAAUGACUUCUUCGGCAAUGAUACAAACAGUGCACCAGCUCCGCCUGCAAGCCCGUCAUCUCUCCUUCGUAGUUUGUUCGGUUCCCUGCGUGUCGGCACGCGACCUCCAGAUUCACUUCGAUCAAUGCCGCGCGAGCCCCGACACUGGAAUUUCAACUUAUUUCCUGUAAGGAUUUCUAGACGGACCGUUUUUGUGUCCCCUGCUCGCGAUGAAGACAGAUAUGGCAUUACCCCUGAAUCUGACGCUGAAGCCGCCGCAGCCAUGCAACGUACAGAUGGCAAUGAAACUACCAGUUCAGCACAACCAGGGCAACCUGCAGCAGGGGUACAAGGAUCUCAAGAACGACCAAUAGAAGCACAAGGCUCAAGUGGUGGGACUGGAGAAGUUUACUAUGUAGGUUAAUUGUUGUGGAUAUUUCUUUGGUCGUCGUCGUCCUACCUCGCCUCGGUCGUGAGGUCAUUUAUUCGAACUCUGUCAUUCGAUAACUUUGUCUCG